CCAGAUCCGAGCCUCAGCCUACCGUCAAACCCAUUGGAAAUUGCAGCUGUUGCGCGCCAUGGAGGGUUUCAACGAGAAGACCAUCAAGGUCUCUCGCGGCUUCACAUAUCGUUAUUACGUCUCGGGCGGCACUCAGAAAGUCGAUCCCAAUCUCCCAUCCCUUUUGUUCUGCCACGGCUGGCCAGACGAUGCGCGACUGUGGGAGAAGAUGUCUGUCUACCUUCGCGAGCUGCCGUUCAACCUCAUCAUUCCUGAUCUCCUCGGUUACGGCGGAACCGACAAGCCGGCUGAUCCAACACAAUACCGGCACGACCUCGUAAGCAAGGACCUCACCGAGAUCCUCGACGUGGAGAAAGUAUCCAAGGUGAUUGUCGUAGGCCACGACUGGGGGGCUGCGGUUGCGUCACGGCUCCUCAACUACUAUCCAGAGCGUGUCGUCGGGCUGAUUUUGCUCAACGUUGCGUAUCUUCCCCCAAGCAAGACGAAAUUUGAUCUCGACUCCGUAAAUGAGCUCACAAAGGGCUUGUUCGGGUAUCCCAUUUACCAGUACUGGCACUUCUUCACGUCCCCUGAAGCGCCUGCUCUACUGAAGAGCAAGGUGGACCGCCUUUACUCCGCGCUUCAUGCGCAGGGCGAGUCCUCCAUGAAGGACUUCUUCACAAAUGGAAACGCCUUCCCCGAAUAUCUCAAUAGCUCCUCGCCCAUGCCGGAAGUACGUGCUUAUGCACAGGACCCUGCAUUCAGGAAGUACUUCAUCGACCGUCUGGGCAACGACGGUUUCGUCGGCGCACAGAAUUACUACGUUGCCACGAAGAACAAUAUCCAAUUUGAAUGCGACAGCCAGAUUCCGGAGAAAAAUUACUACGUGAAAGUGCCGCACUUGUUCAUUGGCUGUGACGGUGAUGCAGUGUGCCGACCGGAAAUGCUGGAAGCGAGCAGACCAUAUUUAAAGGAUCUCGAGGCAGCACCCAUAGUCCACUGCGCCCAUUGGAGCCCUUAUGAGGCACCAAAGGAAAUGACAAAGCCGAUUGUGGAUUGGCUUGAGCGGAAAUUCUUGAGCUGAUGCAUUCACGUCUUCGAUGCCGUGUUCGUCUGUCGCACAUGUCAAGCUGGAACUUGGUUAUGCCCACGAGCAGAUGAUCUCGAAUGUAUCGUAGGCAGUCCGCUCUUAAGAUGAAACUCAACUUCUAUGCGCAAACGCGCACUUUUAAGCAUAUGACGAUGCCUGAUCUGGUGUAUUUCACAUUUGCUGAAAGAACUUUCGUCUUCCAAUCCUGCGAUCGGUCUAAGUCAGGCGCGUGUAAGCUUGGUUUUGACUCUUUCAGAGCCGGGACUUUGGAAGCGGAGAAUGAAUGAGACAGCUACUCAAAACAAUUAGACUGAGCUUCUAGAACUGACUGACAUGGAGCUUCAUAUCGAGCUUGAUGUCUACGUCUCUCAAAUGAAAAAACUCCGCAAAAAUCUACGUUAGGGAAAUGCUGC